AUGGACGAAGCUCAUGUCGAUUUGCCUGAUGGACACCUUGUGAAUCUCUCACCACGACCUAUACGCGAAAGUCCCUACAAAGCGUACCGAGUCGAGUAUAAGCGUUCUCCGCGGCUGUUAGCAACACCUCCACCUCGAUACCUGCAAGAAGGAAUACCAACAGGAUAUGUCGUUACAAAAACCGCAUCGGGGAAUAUGUCUCAACUACCAAAAACCACCAAACUGCCAGUCCUGAGGACUUUCUCUGGAAGUCAUAGCGAUGAUUCAAGUCAAACGCCUAGUCCCACUGGAAUUCCUAAACUCACCCUAGCUAGCCACUCCGUGGGACAAGUCGAUGACCAGCCUAGGUCGUCAGACAAAGGCCAUGACCAAAAUCCGUACUGGAGGAAAAUCCGGGAUAAAUUGGAGGAGUCACCGCUCUUAACAAGACGCACUAGGAGCAAGGAACACGACAAAACCGAAUCUCCUACCUCGCGCAUCUCCUACCAUCGCACCAGACUUCCCGCCAGCACUAGCCAGAACCAGGCAAGCCCCCGGGCAGUCAAUGCACCAUCAGACAUCCCAAGUCCAAGCACCGCGAAAAGCAGUCCUGCGCAGGUGUCAAGGAGAAAUGCUUCCACCACCCCUUCCGAGGACAGGCAAAACAGCUGGCAGAAGCAGGGUGACCAAUGGGCCAACACGGAUGUAACCGAAACCACACCCCAGAAAUCAGUGAGAACAAACGGGACAACUGAUUCCAGCCCUCGAUCUCACCCUUCCGUCUCGCCAGUAUCUGCCGAGGGCAGUUCUAUCACCGACUGGGAAGACCGAUUCGUCGUGAAUAUGCCAACUGCAAAAGAUCCCAAUCCGCCAACGAUGACAGCGCAGCAGAUUGCUGAGUAUCAACGAAGCAUCGAAAGGGUACACCGGGCGGGUGGCCAGAUGGCAGAUCCGGACACAGUGCCUAGUCGCAACGUAUCUCCCGAGAUCAAAUUCAGCCCUAGCGAACAAAGAACCCAGAGCCUGAGGGAGUUCAACACAUAUGACGGUGCAAAUGAUGGACGUCCAAUGCCGAGCUUGCCACGAGACCAACAUCGCCCAUUACCGCAGUCUCAGCAAAAUUCUCAGCUGGAGCAACAUUCGCAACCCCAGCCCCAGCCCCAGCCCCAGCCCCAGCAGCCCCAGCCCGCGUCUGCGUCGCAACGUCAAGUAGCUAACAACUACUACAGCCCGGAUGAAAUUGGGUAUAAUCGGAUUAGCACAAUUUGGGAGGAACCACACGCAAAAGCUAAGGAGAAACGACACCCCCAAAAUGCGGAUGGGUCUUUUUUAGGAUGCAGGGAAAUAUGCGGGGAGAAGAAUCCAGACGAAAUUCUCACGUUUGCUUCUCAAGACGAUGCCAGUCUGCAUCCACUCCCAUUAUCAGUGGGUUCCAAGACCAGGCAACAGGCGGCGAAGCAAGUGAGCAAAGCGACAGACCGACAAGCCACCCACCGAGUCGAGGAGACCACGGUCCUUCAAGAAGAGCGACCGCAAACUUCUCGGAAUUUGAGGCCUGCCCCAUGCUCGAAGCCGUCACCUCUGUACCAGGAUCGGACUCGCUCCCAGAACCCAUCUCCAAUUCCACGAACCAGGUCCCAGGACUCGAGCAAGGAGAAUUACCACCCUACCAGCAAUACACCGGAGCGGUCCAGGAGCCUAGAAGGAAACUCGGGGGACGACGAUGUGUUCAUUAUCACACCCACUAUCACACGCGCUAUGCUUCCCACCCCCGAAAAAAAAGCACCUUCGCCAAAGCCGCAAGGGCUGCGUCGUCCUGGUGGCACAAGUCACGUAGUCACCGCAGAGGCCAUCAAAGCCGUCCGGGCAAAGGCUCAAAUGAUUUCCACACCACCGGGAUUGCGGCCCGGCGGACCCAACGUGCAUCUCAAGCCGACGGGACGUACAUUGACAACUUCGCAAACGUGUCCAGUCGGAAGCAUCUCCGUCACAGCGAAAGGCCGAGACGACGAGGGUCGUAUCCAAGAUCAUGUGCAAGAUCGGAAUCAAGAACGAGCAGGUACAGCGUCGAAUACUAUCCGUGGCUUCAUCCGUACCUCCGCGCUGGCAAGGCCUACAGGACUGGCUAGAUCGCCUACAGAUAGCAUUGCUACGAUUCUGCGCAACAGGACUGAGUCCCUCCGUACACGUGCCGAGUCUCUGCGGAGUAGUUCCGCGUCACCCCAGCGUGCCAACCAGCAGCAGUUACCAAGUCCCCAAUCAAAGCUUCCAUCCAGGGAUAACUCGGCAUCAUCACACUCGGAACUGUCAUUUCAGUGCACCAAAGACACCCCACCUGUCUCGGGAAUCAGGCCUGCCUCGCCGCCCAAAAAAGCCACGCCGGAAAGGAAACCAGAGGGAAACAAACAAACCUCCUCGCAACCACCUACACCAAGCAAAUCAACACCGAAAAGAGUGACCUUAUCGGAGGUAUUUGGUUCGUCGGCGAAACCUGACAAGCCCACUGCAUCAGCCAAAAAGAUUUCCGCACUAGCAAAGCCGUCCAAGUUGGACAAGCUCUCCAAGUUUGCCAAACCAGCUGCGUCUGAAAAGUCUCCUCCUAAGCCAAAGAAGCCGGAUACUUCACCAAAAAAGGAAGAGCGGCUCAAACCUCUACCUCGUCUCUGUACCUCUGGUAAAGUCGUAGAAAUCGCCGAGCUAGAUGGGCUCCAGGUUUCGAGUCCCAAAGAGUCUCUUCAGUCAAAUAUCACAGACGUCUCUGCCGAUCUUGGUGACAUGCGCUCCCAAGAAAAAACCGAUUCCGAAGGCCAGGGACUUAGCCCUUUGGCCUUUUCGCUUCUUUUCAAUAUUCUUGUUGUUGCUGUCACCCAAGUGAACCAAGCUUUUCGCAUGGGCACAGGUAGCCCUUACGCUAAAUUUGUGGUCGACCACACCCUGAACAUGACCAGUCACUGCUGGCGUGUCUUCAAAUGCAUCUACACCGGGGUAUCUCGCUACCAGGCCACCGGCGCAUGGCCCAAGGGUCGCAGUGACCAGGCUAUCAGCCGGUUCAUAAUGGAGCUUUUCCAAGCCAUUGUGUAUCUCUUGAUUCUUGGGUUUGCUGCUAUGCUUAUAGGCCGUACUGCUGGCUACGUCGUUCUCGUGACUAGUUGGAUUGUAUGGUUUGCCAGGCCAUUUGCAUGGGCCUUCCAAUGUGUUGGCCGUGCAUUGAUAAUGUGA